CAAGAGUUGAAAAAAUACAUAUAAAAUCAUAACCCCAUAUAUUAGUGAAUCUGCUCAUUUGAUUACAUUUGUCCAUCUGUACUAAGUUAUAUCUUGAUAGGGUAAAAUUAUACACUUCACUUUUUAUGAGCUUAUUUAAUGUGAGCAGUAUUUACAAAAAAUUACUUCAGUCAUCAGUUUCAAUUAAUCAUUGUAUCAUAUAAAAUCAAUAUCAUAAUGCAACAUAUUCAACAUUUAUCAGAAAGCAUAUGGAUUGUUAUUAUUUUAAUUAUCACAUGUGUGGAAUGUCUCAUUCCCAAAGCAUGUGUUCGUAAUAUUACAGCAACUGGUGGAAGUGGAAUCUGUUGUCCAAUACCUAAAGGUUCAAAAUAUCCAUGCGGUGGUCCUGGUCGUGGAACAUGUCAAAUGGAAUACACUCAAGUCGAAAAUAUACCGUUUUAUUUGAUCAUGGAUGAUAGAAUGAAUUGGCCAUCAAGAUUUUUUAGUUAUUUCUGUAAAUGUGAAGAUCAUUAUUUCGGAAUUGCAUGUAAUGAAUGUUGGUACGGUUGGGAAGGACCAUUUUGUAAUAAACGUAAACAAUAUGUUAGACGUAAUAUCAUGUCAUUAUCUCCAAUUAAAAGAAAAAUGUUUGUUAAUGUUGUGACAAAAAUGCUUACUACUCCAACUGAUUAUCUAAUAUUGUUUGAAAAAGAAGCUAUACAUUCUGAUCCAUUAUGGAAACCUAAAUUUUUAGAUGUGGAUGUACAAUACUUAUUCACUUUUAUACAUCGUUAUGCUAGCAGAGCUACAUUGUUUCAUAAUAUCAAAGAUUGUGUAAGAAGUAAUCAAAUUAACAGUAAUCAUGAGUCAGUUGGAUUUUUAACUUGGCACAGAUAUUAUAUGCUGUUUUGGGAAAGACAACUACGUAAAAUAGCAAUUAAGUUGUAUGGUUGGACAGAUUUCACGUUACCCUAUUGGGAUUGGGUUGAUUCUACAAAAUGUGAUGUUUGUAUCAAUAGUUUAUUAGGUGGUUAUGGGCAAUGGGUUGGGGAAAGUCGUUUAAUAGACCCUAGAAGUCCAUUUUACAUGUGGCCUGAAUACUGUUCUCCUCCGACUAGCGGAAGUAAUUGUUAUAGCUGUCAUGCUGCUUGGCCAAACUUUCGAGUACUGACAAGAUACUUUGAAGCCACAAUGUUUCCAACAACCGAUCACCUUUUGUUCACUCUUUCAAAAAAAUCAUAUUACUUGCCUCAAGUGGAACAAGAUUAUGGUAAAUGUCGUGGUUUUCAUCAAGCUAUUGAAGGAUCUUGUUCUGUACCUGGUGCUAAUUCAACUUAUUCAUUUAUGCAUAAUAAAGUGCAUAAUAUGGUGACUGGUACAUUUUGUUGUGCAUCAACUUCAGCCAAUGAUCCUCUCUUCUUAGUACAUCACACACAAAUAGAUAGAAUAUUCCAAUUAUGGUUUAUGUAUAAUCGUCCACGUCCGACAGAGUAUCCAAAUCAUGGAGUUGAACUCGGGAACUGUCGUGAAUGCAAUUUGGUUGGCUUUAUUCCUACAAUUAAACACUUACACAUGUUUGUAAAUACAAUACAAUUAGGUUAUACAUAUGAUAACUUUAAUUUCGGUAAGCGUGGCUUUAAAGGAGAAAAAUUCAUGAAAUGUGGUCCUAAAUAUUGUGUCUAAUUUAUUAUCUACUUGAAAUCAGAACACAAUCCAAACUAUGAAAACAGAAACUCAAUAUUAUUGAUCAGCAACUAUUAAUGAACAAACACUAAAUCAAUCAUAUCAGUAGUAUUGGAAGAAAUUGAAAAUAAAGCAUAAAUGAUGAUUUGGUUUU